GACACCAUAGAGAAAAAGAAGGAAGAUUUCUCACUGCAGAAUGAAGAGGCAUCUGUCACAUAUUGCCAGGCUGAGCUUAAGCAGCUAGCAGAGCCCCUGAUGGAAAGGAUUUCAAGAGGAACUUUCUCUGUUCCUGGAGGGCACAAUCUCUUCUUAGAAGCAAAGAAGAAGGUUGAACAGGACUAUAAGCUAGUGCCCAGGAAAGGAGUUAAGUUAGAUACUCUUGAAGUAAUCAGAAAUGUUUCUUCCCAAAAUAAGGGUAUAGAAUUGGGAAUUCGAUGUGAAAGAGAACCUUUCUUCCAUUUAUUGAAGAAUGUGAUUGCUUAUGAGUUAACCGAGCGGGCCAGGAGGGAGGCAGCUGAGAAGGAGCAGGAGCUGCUCAGAGAGAAACAGAAGGAGCAGCAGCAAAUGAUGGAGGCUCUACAGAGAAGCUACCAGGAAAAUCUUGCCCAACUGAAGGAAAAGAUGGAGCAGGAAAGUGAAAACCUUCUGAGAGAGCAGGAAAGGAUGCUGGAGCACAAGGUGAAGGUCCAAGAAGAACUGCUUAAAGAAGGAUUUAAAGAGAAAUCUGAAGGAUUACAUAGAGAAGUAGAUCACUUGCGGAAAGAAAUUGAAAGUACUAAAAAAAAUUGGGUUUCAAAGUUCUUUGAUGUUGCUGGCGAUGCCUGCAUGAUAAUACUGCCUCUGCCUGGUAAACUAGUUGGUGCAGGGCUGAAAGUUUUGAGCAAGCUCACACAAUGA